AUGGGGAUGGGAGAUUACUCACCAGGUAGCGUGUGGUACUACGCGCCGAACAAGGUUGCUCCGAUCAUAUUCAUCGUCCUGUUUGCCAUAUCAGGAGUUAUCCACGCUUGGCAGACCAUCAAACACAAAUCAUGGCGCACCACGCUCCUCCUCCCCUGGGCAGCCCUCCUCAUGAUCUCAGGCUUCGCCGUCCGUCUAGCAGGCGCCUACAACACCGACAACCUAGCCUACCUCGUCGCCUCGACCGUACUCAUAAUGUCCGGUCCCCCCGUCUACGCCCUGGUAAACUACUUCAUCCUCUCCCGCAUCCUGUACUACAUCCCCUACCUCGCACCCCUGCACCCAGGCCGCGUAGCCACCACCUUCGUCGGGCUCGACGGCGUGUGCGAAAUCCUAAUCGGCAACGGAGCCUGGCGCAUGGCAAACAGCAGCAUGACGGACGCCCAGCGGAGACUCGGGUCCAACAUGGUGACCGCUUCGCUCUGCCUGCAAGCAGCCUUAUUCGGCGCUUUUGGCCUCCUCGCCGCGCAGUUCCACCGCCGCGCGAGUAAAGCCCGCGUGCUGAACAAGGACCUCAAAGUCGUGCUGUGGGUCAUGUAUGUCAGUGCGACUAUCGUGACAAUACGCUGUAUCUACCGCCUGGUCGAAUACAUCAAAGGCUGGCAAUCCUCCAUCUACCAGAACGAGGUGUACUUUUGGAUCUUCGAGGCAGUCAUCAUGUUUGUUAAUACCGCGCUGCUGAACGUCUGGCACCCGGGGAAACGCCUGCCCAAGUCCAAUUCUGUUUUUCUGGCUAGGGAUGGCGUGACGGAGCGGCGGGGGCCCGGGUGGGCGGAUGACAGGCCGUGGAUUGUGACCGUGUUUGAUCCGUUUGAUCUGUGGGGGUUGGUUAGGGGGGAUGAUCAGAAGAUGCAGUUUUGGGAUAUGAGUGAUGCGGAGUUGGAGAGGGCGAGGUUGGAUAAGAAGACGAAUAAGAGGAGUGUGGUUUCUGGGGCUUUGGAUCCGUUCCAUCUCUGGGGCGAUACGGGGUAUGUUGGGAAGCAUCUUUCGAAGACAAAGAACAGGAAGGUUGAGACGCGUGGUGGACGAGAACCGAGGGAUGUUGUCUAG